AUGUAUAAAGGAUUAUUGCAACAGGAGCCUAAUGUUGACUGGCAUACUCUACUGGUGGGCAACAUAGUUAGGCCUCGAGCUCUGUUCUACCUUUGGCUUACAUGUCAUCAAAAGUUUGCUACAAAAACUAGGCUGAAGAAGAUUGGUGUGGACAUUGAUACUAAAUGUUGCUUUUGCCAGGAAGAGGAAACAUUGGAGCACCUCCUUUUCUGUUGUGACCCAAUGACAGUUAUUUGGCAGGAGAUUUUACUUUGGCUUGGGGUUACCCGCACACCUUUACAAUGGCAUAGGGAAUUAGCUUGGAUCAUUCGAUAUUGUAGUGGGAAAGGGGAAAAGUGUGGACUUAUGAAGCUGGCUGCAGCAGAAACAAUAUACUAUUGUUGGAAGUAUAGAAAUGACACAUGCUUUGGGCAUUCAUAUGAUAGGAACAUAGUUGUAGAUAAUAUAAAAGAUACCAUCAUACAUAGAGGAUGGAGAAUUAGAAAAUAUAGAAACAUAGUGGCUCAACUAUUGAUGUAA